AUGACUGACUGGAACAAGAACGUGGAAGUUAAGCACGACCGUCUGCCGGAGGACCCUUACGAUCAGAUGAAAUUAAAGCCCGGAGCCAGGGAAGCCACCCAGAGCGUUCCCCGGGGGGCUACCAACUUGUACAGCACUGCCAAAAAGAAGGAUUACACUGUGUCUGUCUACCUCCAUCACAGGACAAAGAGCGAGCAUUCACAGCAGAAGUGCAUCGUAGGGUUUGCUCUCGUGUGCUGCUUUGCCAUCUCUGUUGCGCUGAUAUUUUCAGCAGUGGAUAUUCCAGGUAGCAGCAGCGACACAGAAUUCAUUACAGAGGACAACUGCAAUAGGAACUGCCGGGUCCACCUUGUGGAGAACAUUCCGGAUGGCCUGGAUGGCAUCGACAACUCUAGCAGGCAUACCUCCCUGUUCCAGGGAUGGAUGGACUUGCUGGAUACUGCACUGCACAGUGUUGACAUUGUCUCUUCUAAUUGGGCUCUGAGGAAAGGGAAACUGGACCACAACCAUUCAUUUGCCCACAGGGGUGAAAAGAUAUUUGAGAAGCUGCUGCAGCUGAAAUCUCGCAACGUUGGCCUGCGAAUCCCAGUCAAUAAAUUUCAGUCUGAGUCCCAGGAUAUAAAAGAUCUGAAAGCCAAUGGUAUUUUGGUGAAAUAUAUCAACAUGACUCCUAUUAUUGAUGGCAAGCUCCAUUCUUCCUUUUGGGUGGUGGACAAGAAGCACAUUUAUAUCGGCAGUGCCCACAUGGACUGGCGCUCACUGACUCAGAUGAAGGAGCUGGGUAUUAUUAUGUACAACUGUAGCUGCCUGGCUCUGGACCUGCACAAAGUGUUCUCCGUGUAUUGGCAGCUGGAGUAUCGAGACACAGUGCCCAAAAUCUGGUCAAAGAAACUGUUCGCCAUCUCCAGUAAGCAUUCACCUCUCAAGUUACAGCUGAACGAGGCUGAAGCUGAGGUCUACCUGGCUACUUCUCCAAAACUCCUGUGCCCCAACGGUCGCACCACAGACAUCGAUGCUGUUCUCAGUGUUAUUGCCAGUGCUCGGAGAUUUAUACACGUAGCUGUCAUGGAUUUUCUGCCUCUUGUCAACAACACCAAAGUUCAGAGGUACUGGCCCACGAUAGAGAAAGAGCUGCGAGAAGCUCUCUUCCUGCGUAAUGUGAAAGUCCGACUGUUGGUCAGCUGCUGGAAGGAAACGUAUGCGCCAAUGCUCAACUUUCUGUGGUCCCUCAAAAUGUUCUGCAUUGAGCCCAUCAACUGCAGCUUUGAUGUGAAAUAUUUUGUAGUUCCACCUUCCGAAGGGGAUGAGGUCCUAUUUUCCAGCGUUAAUCGCAACAAGUACAUGGUGACGGAUAAAGCAACGUACAUCAGUACAUCUGACUGGGUUGGGAAUGACUAUAUGAAAAAUACAGGGGUGAGCCUGGUCAUUGAACACAAACGGAGCAGAUGGCUAAAGGACCCAACAUCAGUUCACGAGGAACUUCAAGCACUGUUUGAAAGAGACUGGAAUUCCAAAUAUGCCCAACGUUUGGAAAUAAAUACCUUUCUAGAAUGCCUGAACCUAAAAAAAAUAUCAACACAAAACAUCUUAAUUUAGCCUGGAGGACUAAUAGCCAGUU